GAGCUUGUUACUGUACAAUUUGGACGCACAUAUUAAACUAUUAUUACAAGACCUUAAGACAGUGGUAUAUAUAUAGGCCUUUUUCUAUGAACAUUGAGUAAAAUCGUGGAGUUCUCAGUUGGCAAGAUUGAAUUGAUAGAAGUAACUAUAUUUCUGUUAUUCGAAGUUAGGCUAUCAUUUACGAAUUCUAGCAAAUUUCAGCAUAUAGCUUGGAUCUUAAAGUCGGUGUCUAUUUAUUUCAAAAGUCGAUGGUACUUAAUACACACGUACCUCGAGCAAAGGUCCAACGAUUUCAACCCAUUGGCGAUUGGAAAUACAAUUGUAUUUACACGGUCCAUUUUGUUGUCUGCAUGUAAAAGGCGAUAAUAAAGAGGCAUCAUUUUGACCCGAUGGCAAACAGAACUAUGGACUUACUACACCAUGCAUGUUUGAACUGAUAUGAUUUCGCAAUUUGUUUAUAUCAGAUCUGAUACCGUGCAGAAUGGUUAGGUAUUGUGCCGUCAUCACGGGUUUUCAAAUUAACUAAGCAUAACUAAAUCUAAAUGACAGUGUAUCAGGAAUAUUUUGAUUUUAAUCACUCCAUUUCCUGUCCAGUUGAUUAUGAUAUGAAAUGACUACUGGUAUUAUGACAUUCUUUAUUCCUCCCACCCUCUGGAAUAUAAAUAAUCUUAUCUGUCUAUAGCACGACCCGAAAUGAUUUCGUUCAGGACACGAACCAGUGAAUCGUCACAAUAGGAUUCAAUCUCUCUUCUCUUCUCAACUUUAUUUUCCUUUUCUCUCCGUCAGACGACUUUCAUAUAGGAUCGUGAGAGCGAAGAAUAAAGCCUACGUCAAAGAAUUGUUUGCCAUUGUGUUUCGUGACGAUUUAGUUUACCCAUCGACCGAAUGAACCUGUUGUGGUCGAUAGACUUCCCGCUUUAGAAGGACACACUCCUCUAGCCCUCUGCCAUGCGAUCGAGGGGUGAUAGUUAUAUGUUGAAAGGAUAUACCAUCUUAAUAAUGGUAAUAUGCAGCUCCGGAAAACACUUGUUGGACCAUAUUCAUUUGGAAUACUAACGGUACUUCAUUGGAACUAGACACUAGCUUCUUGUUGAUUAAACGAAGGAGAAUGGCGUCGAAGAAUCUGAUUAUGCGAAAAAGUUUGGAGAAGGAUCGCGGCGGAUUGCCCCGAAGCGGAAGAGGUCCCGUAGAGCAGAAGUGCCCCGUAUUUCCCGUUCACUAUCUGGGUAAGAUGCCAGCCAGGGGCGAGUACGGAAGAGAAUACAUUUCUGAGCCUGUCGAGGCCCUUAUGAAGCUAAAAGACCGACAGAAGUCGCCCAAGAAAUCGGCCCUGCAGAUCUCGGAAAAGGGGUUCCAUUUCCUGGACUUGAACGGAGCAUUCGGUAAGGAGAAACACGUUUUGAUCCCAAUUCAUCAUAUCUGCUAUGGAGUAGCUGAUGAACAGCAUCCGAAAGUGUUCGCUAUCAUUACCAGGACUGACUCCAAUCCAGAGAACAGCUUAUUCGAAUGUCAUGCCUUUCACUGUGAACGAAAAAAGGAAGCCAGUGAGAUCACAUAUUGGUUGCUUCGUACAUUCCUUGAAGUGUUUGAAGACUUGCAGAAGCGAAGACGAAUGCGACAGGAGCGCAAGAUGCUCAGACAGCAGAGUGCUAUGAGUGGUCCUUCAUUUGAUCUCUCCCCUCCCACAUCACCUACGGAAUCAUUAACUGCUGCUGAAUUGACCAUGUACUCUGUUAUUCUUGAUGGCUCAAAGACGAAAGGUGCUGCAGUGCGUUUGGCAAGGAGUCAUGGUCAGAACCGACCGGUCAGUUUUCCACCAGGGCAAUCUGCCCUAGAUCCUACAGCGGUGCCUCCGCAAGCUCAUGGUGGACAUCCUUCACCAAGGGAAGUCUACAAUGGAUCUGGUCCAGGAAUGGUCUACGCACCACCUCCGGGUCCCAGGAUGAUGGCUGAAAACAAAGUGGAUGUCCAGGGAAGGCCAAUCCAGCCACCCAUCUCGCGCCAUUAUGAUCCUCGAGCAUCUAUACCUACAGCUGAAAUGGCUCAGUAUCCUCAACGGGCACCUAAACCUACAAACACACCUGGUGAUGCGCACCAGCAUCCGGAUGCCUUCAAAAAGCAAAACGGUGCUCGAUACUAUAAAAAUCCCGCUCUGCCACGAUCCCGUUCUUCCACCGGAAACACCUCUUCUACCGAUGAGAGCAACUCAACCCUCUUCAGCGAUUCCUUCAGCGGGGUAAGCCGAGACGAAUCCGACUUUAUUUUCAUUGAAAUGCUCCAGGAAGAAUUCGGUGGUCUCGAUCUCUCACCAACUGGUGGCAAACCAGGCAUCAGCGGACGGACCAAUUCUAAGAAAACAAAGAACGGACCUCCCGAUCAGAAAUUAAGAAGCGAGGACAUUGAGAAACGAGUUCGAGAUUGGUUGGAGUACGAGGAAGGGGAUGUUGCUGUAUUUAGUCCGAUGUCAUCGCCUGCGAGUCCAGUGUCGCCGACAAUGAUGAGGAGUCCCGCUGGUUAUCAUCCAGGAUAUAGCUACCAAAGUGGUGGCUUUAGGAGUGAUCCUAGGAGUAGUAGACCUGGACCUCGGACAAUUGGUAGCCAGUCCAGUGUGGCAUCUGAUAAGGAUUAUUUCUAGCAAUAUAACUUUCAAUAUUCCUAUAAACAUUUAAUAUCAUCAUAGUGACUCUUGGAAUAUUUGUGCAUUUUUAUGAUCCUUUAUUUUCAUUUCCCAACAAAUAGUUUUAUGUAUCACAAUUCAAGAAUAAGCUUCCUGUAGCAUUAUUAAAUCUAUCAAAAACACUCUCAGGUACAUACUGUGCUAACGCAGUAUAUCAUGAAAAAUUAUGUUUAAUGUUGCUUUUAUAAAGACUAAUGGCUGCGAGAUAUGUGUUUUAUUCCACAUAAAUACAGGCCGAUAUGGAUAUUUCGUAUGGACAUGAACAGCAAAAUAUUGUUAUGUAGACUAUACAUACAUCACAAUGUAUGAUGUUCAUGUUGUUUCCUGCCCAAGUAAACUGUCUUGUUAUCAAUGUCUUUUAAAUUUGUUUGUGACUGCUGAAUUUGUUCAUAUUCUCAGACAUGUACUAUGAUCAUCAUUUCUGGUUUAGAACAGACAAAUCAAACCCUUAUUAUCAUGAUUUAUUAGAAAUCACUUAAUGUGCUGUACUUAUUAUGAUGAACGUUUGUACGUUUUGAACAAGCGAAAAAGAAUCUAAAACGUUUUAUCUUACUAAACAGUUUUGUAUAAAUGACGGAAUGGAUAUUUUUUUAAAGUUGAUUCAUCCUUCAGUCGAACAAGGCUCUAUGAAAUUUCAUAGAUUAAAAAUCAAUCAAAAUCGGCGCUAAGUAGGGACCAAACCGAACUCUGAAUUUACAUUUGAAUUCAAAUCAUUUCGAAUUAAUUUACAUGUCUUUUUUAUGUAAAACUAAAACCAAAAAUUCGAUUUAUGAGUAGUGAUAAUUGACUCAGUUGCCUUUUUUAGAGUGCAUACAGCACGUAAAUUAUUUUUCAAUUUAAAUAUCCUUGCCAGGCUAACCGAAUCCUACCAUUCCAAGAAAAUCUGGAGGCCGCGAGUGGAUAUUAAUCUCACGUGUUUCAGGCGUAUAUAACUUCUUGAAGUUACAAUGAACGAUGCACAUGACUAGUGGAAAAUAGCAAACCAGAUAAAUUUCCAAUUCACCCCAAUUGGAUGUCAAUCUGUUUUUCUAUCUUAAGAGUGUACAAACAGCUUUAGAUAUGAAACUCUCAUGGUUCAAGUUCUAAACCGAUGUUGUUUGCGCAAGAACAUAUUAAUGAUCGAAUAAAAACAAUAAAAACUUGGAUUAAAAAUGAAAACCUUUGAAACGAACAUGGUGAUAUAUUAGAAAACUGGCUGGUACAUAUGUAAAUAUGGAUUAUAAUCAUAUCGAAGGAAGGUAUCAAAAUUUUUUUAGUCCAAAGGUCUCUGUUCACAGUUUGUUUAAGAAAUUGACACAUUUUACCUACUGUAUGUUAACAAAUAGACAUAUAUUAAAUGUUUUAGUCACCGUGUAUAUCUUGCUAUAUUUUAUAUAUUAUACUUGUAUAGAUAGUUAUGUAUUCAUGAACUCCAUAAUUAUUGAAAGUUUCUAUAUGGAUGCUUUAUCACCUUUAUAAUUCAAGUGCUUUCGAACUUCACAGCUUCCGUACAAAUCGCAAUAUUUCUCAAAGUCUUUCGUUUUUUACAAUAGAAAAACUAGACAAUCUUUACCAAUGUGAUGAUAUCUAUUAAUUAUAACCAACAAUCUAUGUAGAAUACAGGCUAAGAUAUAUGGUCUGGUGAAUUAUAUUGCUGUAUAAUACAUGCUUUUAGCAGAAUUGUGUUACAGUUGCAGUAACUUGAAAGUACUGCCAGUGUGACCCGGUAUUACCAAAAAAAAAAAAAACAUGCGAUGCCAAACGUCUUUCUUCUUAUUCAAGCAACUGCACAAAAACAGACAAUAAUAUCACCCCUUUCCAACGAUUAAAAAAGGAAUUCUUCCUUUAUCCAUUAAUGUUGUUAUUCAUAUUGACUGGCAUCUGUUUUUUAUUUGUAGUCCAAUGUAUGCUUAUUCUGCAGAUAGGCCUAAUUUAUAAUUUUAUGGAAUGAAAGGAAAUAGGAAAUACGUGUCUCCCUUUUUUAUUAUCAAAGAUCUAAAUUUUUGGUACAACCAACACAUAUUUUGAUGUAUCGUCUUCAUGGUCUUUGCAUUUCAUUAUGUAGUUAUUCAGAUUUCAGAACCCCGAUGGAACGUUUAUUUAUGGCUGAAUAUUUGAAGGUAAAUCUAUGAAAAUAAGACAUUUCAUUAGCUUGCCGAUAUUAAUAGACAUAUUGAAAGGGAACAUUUUUAUGAAACUAAUUUCAAAUAAGAAUUGAGAUCAUGAUCAGUGCAUUGAAAUGCGAUCCUCAUUAUUAAAGUCAAUUUGAUUUUGGACUAAGUAAACACUAUCUUGUUUUCCCAUAUUUUCUGUCGAGAAUAAUGAGUGAUAAAAUGUAGGUGCGGGGUAGUUCCAAUUCAUUUUUGUUAUUUGCUUUCCAUUUUUUACGUCAGUGUCUACAUCAGGAGUCCCGUGAUUUAUCUUUUGUUUGCACUCAUAACUCCAUGAAUAAUUUUUUUUUCUUUCGACCAUUGUGUUUGCUUUAUGUGAAGCUAUUCUCAUUGUUCAGUGAGGAGAUAUGAAUUUCUGGCUUCGUCGCUUUCCCACGCAUUUGAUGUGUGCACGCGGUCUUACGAGGAGAACACUGACUGAUUCGCAUAAGUAGUUCAUGGAAUUAUGAGUUGUCCUAACAAACAGCAAAUAUUAUUUGAACACUUAAGAUAUUUACAUACCGGAUGUUUUAAAAAGGCAAUUGGAACUCAAUUUAUGGAUGCCUAUGAUAAUUUAUUGAGUAUUCUCAAGCCUAUACCGCAAAGUGAUGCGUGAAUAGCUAUCCAGAUUGUAGAUUUCAUGGGUAUCCGCAAUUGAUUUCCGUUCAGAUAAUAAUUAUCUUGUAUUGAAUCUUGUAGCAAGUGUCUAAUGUUCGAAAUAUAUUUCGAAGUACGUUUAGAGUACGAUUGCUUUAUUCAUUUACAAUCAUUUUUUUGGUAAUAGAUGAAUUUCUCUAUACUAUUUUCUCUCUUUUGUUUGAAUGGUCCACAUAUAGUAAAAUCGCUUUAUACAACCUGGCUUUCUAUAAUUAUGAACUGAUCAGAUAUUGUUUUGAUUUUUUAACAAAAUGUCCAAAUUUAAACAGCAAUGUUCAAUUUGUAAGAUUAAAUUGCAUUGUACUGCAUAAAGGUUAAAUAUUGUUUUAAGUUUUCAAAUCAUUUAUUUAAUCUCUCUUUAAGCACUCACAGAACCGUAAUGAGACCAGGGGCCUGUACACAAAGUUUAGCAAUCAUCGUAGAAUAAUAUAUUUACGAUUGAUGUGCAUUGACUUCAAUGUACAAUCAAUUAUACAAACCAAGCGUACGACCAAUCGCUACCCUUUGUGUUACGGGACCCAGGGGUAUGUUGAUGAAAGAGUUGCAAUAAAAAAUGUAACCCCAAAAAUCAAAAUCAACUUGAUUUCAUCAAAUUAUAAGCGCACAUCUUGGACUAGCGAUUAAUUUUCUGAGUUACCAUUCAAACACAGUUCUUUCUUAAGCAGGCCUUUAUCUUGUUUAAUUUGUUUUCGCCGUCUUCGUAUAUUGUAUCGAUUGUUCCAAUCAGUGUCUUCCAAUACACGGCGUCCUCUGUGUCAGAUUAUUGAUCAUCAUUAUAUUUGUGAUUUCUGAGAAACUUUUGAGCAUGCUGAUAUACAUGUACAUAAUGAUACUAUAUGCUAGUAUAUGUCAUGUUCUUUGAUAAUGCAUUUAAAACAAACUGUAAUGCAAAAUAAAAUGCACCUUAUACGGUGCAUCAUACGAAAUGUUAA